UGUAUCGCUCUCACGCUUUUCCUCACGGAUAAUGAUCUUGCUUUUUUUUAUUUUUUAUUUUAUUUUUUUUAGAUCUGUCUGUUUAAAAUGAUCUUGAUUUAUGGAUUGGAAUGAACAACAUUUAAACAUCUUACGAAUUCAUCUGGGAACAGAAGCCAUUUAGAGUCCGCGGCAGUAAAACAUGUAUCGCAUUCACUAUCUUCUUCUUAUAGUUUGGCUGUCGUGUUUGGUCAGCGGGAGACACCCGACGUGUCACUUCCUGUUUGAGGUGCAGCUGGCGGAGAAGGAAUGCCAAGCCAAGCUGGAGGAGGAGUUGGUGCUGGACUCCAGAGGCUGUCAAGGCACAUGGGACAACAUUUCUUGCUGGCACCAUGCAGAGGUCGGGGAUGUGGUUGUCAAUGCCUGCCCGGGAGCACUGAAAAACCUCUUCGGCAGAGACGGAAACAUUAGCAGGAACUGUACGGCCAGCGGCUGGUCGGAAGUGUAUCCCAGCAUCCGCAGUGUCUGCUAUUCUGACUACAAGCCCAGCAAGGUGAGUGGGACCAGACUGAUGUUCUACACUGUGGUGAAAACCCUGUACACGCUGGGCCACAGCCUCUCUCUCAUUGCUCUUAUUACUGGAAGUGCAAUCCUGUGUCUCUUCAGAAAGCUCCACUGCACCAGGAACUACAUCCAUCUAAACCUGUUCUUCUCCUUCAUCCUGAGAGCCAUCGCUGUGUUGGUCAAGGAUGCCAUCUUGUUUUCUCACAACGAGAAUAUGGAGUGUCACAAACUUCCCUCAUUGACAGGGUGCAAGGUCAGCCUGAUAUUUUUUAACUACUUCAUUAUGGCUAAUUUCUUCUGGCUUCUGGUGGAGGGCCUGUACCUGCACACCCUGCUGAUGGUGUUCUUCUCCGAGAACCGGCACUUUGUGGUCUAUCUCCUCAUCGGAUGGGGAAUCCCUACAGUCGGUGUGAUAGCAUGGAUCAUUUGCAGGAUAUAUCUGGAGGACAUAGGAUGCUGGGAGAGAAAUGAGGCUGCAAUUCCCAGUAGGGUGAUCAAUUGGCCAAUCAUGGCCUCCGUCAUAAUUAACUUCAUUCUGUUCAUCAGCAUCAUUCGGAUCUUGGUGCAGAAGCUGAGGUGUCCUGAUGUGGGAGGGAAUGACCAGUCCCAGUACAGGAGGCUGGCAAAAUCAACGCUGUUGUUAAUCCCACUUUUUGGGAUUAACUAUGUUGUGUUUGUGUACAUGAAAGAGGAGACUGAAAAUGAUACAUUCGAAGCCAAAUACAAAAUAUUCUUUGACCUUGGCUUUGGCUCUUUUCAGGGACUGGUUGUUGCCAUUUUAUAUUGCUUUCUGAAUAGUGAGGUCCAGACUGAACUGAAGAGGAAGUGGCUGAGCGUGUGUCUGAAACGUUACAUUAGCCGAGACUAUCGGCUGCACAGCUCGUCCAUGUCCAGAAGUGGCAUGGACCACACAGCACCUUUCCAUCGCAACUCCAGAGCCCAGUCCUUUCUGCAGACUGAAACUACCGUAGUGUGAGA